AUGAAGGAGAAAAAGAACGAGUUUUGGUGGCUAGAUCUUCUAGAAGUAAAAUUCACAAAUGUCACGCCCCGUUUUGGAUUUACGAAAAAACUCAUAAAUGCGCACAACAACUCGCACCUUUUGAAGAAACUUCCAUCCACAAGAAACGAUGCACUCAAACAGAUACAUGCUCUCAAGACCGAUUUGUUCAUCAAAAAGGCGCACGGCGCUCAAAAGAAAAUGAAUCGUGAGGUCAUUCGUAUCUUUAAGCAGCAGAGAAGUAAAAGCGACCGGAGCGAAAAGCUAGACGAACUCUUUAAUGAUAAAGAAUUCGUAACAUCCUUAGUGACAGCUAAAUUGGCCAAGAUCAUCUCCGCAGCAAUAUUGACUAAUAAGGAGCUCAAAUCUAAUCCUCCCAGCUAUUUUUCGCCGGAAUUAAUUAAUGUCAUUACUGACAAGAGCAAUGCCUGUAACCCAACUACAUUCUACAUCGAGCACUGCCAGAACGACAAGGUUGUAAACGGUUACAUUUCUAAAUUAUGGAACUCCAAGGAAAUGAAAGCCCUUUCAAACGAAAUUGACUGGACAUUCCGCAAGAUAAGAGGUAACCUUACAAAAGAGGAGAUCGCACAGCAUUCGAAGACUUCGGUAAACGUCAAGUCUAAGGACAAUCAAAGCAAGAACGGUGAUGAUUCAGUUGACAGUGAGAUUGAUAGCGAUGAGGAGGAGUCAAAUAGUGAUUCUGAUGACGAAGAUAUGGAUAGGUACGACCAUCUCGUAGCAGGCUCCGACAGCGAAAUGAGCGAUGAUGCGGAAAGUGAAAUUGAGGGAACGCAACUCAGUCUGAAGAAACAAUCGAAGGAGAAAAAAGAGAAAAAAGAGAAGCAGCCUGAGCGUAAACUUCCACAAUUGGCAUCGGGAUAUUUUUCCGGAGGUUCAGAUGACGAAGACGAUGUGGACAACGAUAAAGUUGUCAAAGAGGCCACCACCGUUCGCAAGAAUAGAAGAGGUCAACGAGCCAGACAAAAGAUUUGGGAACAAAAGUACGGGCAAAAAGCGAAUCAUGUUCAGCAGGAGAACAACAGAAUUGCAAGUGAGAGAGAGAAGAAGCAACAGGAGUUCGAAGAAAGACAACGGAAGAGAGACCUCAAAGCCAAGAUGGCGGCGGAUUUGCCAGACGGCUCAGCUGCCAAACUUGCCGCAACGAACAAAUUGCAUCCUUCUUGGGAAGCACGAAAGUUGGCCGAGCAAAAGCAAAAGGAUGUCAAAUUUACAGGGAAAAAAAUUACAUUCGAUUAA